UCUUCUCUUCUUCCUCCUCAUCUUCUUCUUCCAUUUCCUGCUCCCUCUAUAUAUACCCGCCUCCUUCCCUGCCCUCCUUCCCUUCCCAUCAAUCCAUCCAUCAACAACAAGCACUUCCUCUUCUCAGACGCACACAAGAACGAACACAGGAAGCAUCUUCUCGCAUAGAUUGAGGCGGCGGCGGAGGAGGAGGAGAAGCAGCAGCACCUUGAGCGGCGGCGGCGGUGUAUGCGCGAUGGGGCUCGAAGUUGGGGAGAUCGGCGUCGGCGCGGAUUUGAGCCUGGAUCUCAAGAUGUUCGCGGCCAAGAGCGUCGGCCGCGCGAGGGACUCGCCGGCGUCGGCCAUGGGCGACUGUAUCAAGAGGCUCGAGGAGGAGAUGGGCAAGAUUGAGGUCUUCCGCCGCGAGCUCCCGCUCUGCGUCCGCCUCCUCGCCGACGUGAUUGAUGUGAUGAAGGAGGAGGUGGGGAAGAAGGGUGGUGAUCGCGAGGAGGAGGAGGAGGACGCCGGCGACAAGAGCAACUGGAUGAGCACCGCGCAGCUCUGGUCAGGGAAUUCCGGCCGGGACGCCGCGGAUCCAGAGAAGCAAGACAAGGGGAGGAUCUCGUCGGAGGCGAGGUCCGACGGCGGCGGCGCUUUCGUGCCCUUCAAGGCCGUGGGCUCCGGCGCGCCGGCUUUCACGCGGCCGAAGCCGAGCUUGAUCAGGAAGGAGGACAUGGCCUACGACGUGAGGAUGCCGGAUCUGUCGCUGCUCUCGCCGCCUGCCGCGCCCGCCGACGAAAGCCGCCGUCAGGUCGUCGGGUUCGCCCAGGCAGCGGCGAGGGCCGCCGCCAUGGCGGCAUCCAGCCCCGCGCUGAGCCUCCAGGCACAGUCACAUUCGGCGGCACAGCAGCAGCAGCAGGCGAGGAAGGCGAGGCGGUGCUGGUCGCCGGAGCUCCACCGCAAGUUCGUCUCUGCCUUGCAGCAACUCGGUGGCCCUCAAGUUGCCACUCCAAAGCAAAUCCGGGAGCUGAUGAAGGUGGAUGGCCUGACAAAUGACGAAGUGAAAAGCCAUCUUCAGAAGUACCGUCUGCACAACCGGAGAGUACCAAGCUCAACAAUUGUGAACCAACCGAUUGUGCUCAUGGGAGGGCUCUGCUACAUUCCCCAAGAGCAAAGCAGCUCCCAGUCUGGAUCUCCUGAGGGGCCUCUCCAUUUCUCAGGCUCAGGCACAGCCGGUGGCGGCGGCGGCUCAUCGGUGGCGACCGUCAGCGGCGAGGAGGAAGAUGGCAGGUCUGAGAGCUAUGGCUGGAAAUGAUCAAGGUGUUGCUGCAUCAGAAAUUCAGAGCUUUGGUGGUAGAUUGCGGCGCGGCGGCGAUGAACAAUAACAUCAUAUCUUUUUUUUCAGUGAGCCUUUGAGAGGAGGAGAAACUGUAGUAUAGAUGGUUGUAUACAGGGAGAUCGAGCCUUGAGUGCUUGAGAUGAAACUGAUCGUGAGUUUGUCAUGUACAUCGAAAGAGAUGUGGUACCUAGUUACAAUUUUGCGGCUUGUUUUGCCGGUAAAGGAUUCGGGCAGUGCUACAGUUUUCGCCCUGAGAAUUUACCCAUGCCCAUUCCCAUCUU